ACUACUACCUUAAGUGGCAAAUAAAGCUCAUGCUGUGUACCCUGUUUGAAUAUUGACGUUGCUAAAGGGUUGAUGAAAUGUGCUUUAACUAGACACAAAAGCUGGAGCUUGUUCAACAUCGGGAUUAUAGAUGAGAGAAGUGACCAGCCAGCUGUUUCACCGUCGAAUAAGUGACCCCGUUGCACAGCUCAGCGCGUGAAGGGAACUUUUUAGAUUAUCACAACAGGUUAGCCAGCGACGAUGUCAUGGCCAAUCCAGCAAAGCUUAUGAAAGAUGUUCGAGUCAGCUCCGCUGUCGGAAUGACUAAAACUGAUGACAAGUUGUCCAUAUUUCCCUUACAUGGAGCUGAGGUCUCAAUCUUUCUUUGCGAGAUAAAUCACCAGGACAUCCCUCGCAAAGCUUUCUGCAGGCAUACAGAGAGCAGGCAGACCACGCCCAACCGAGGUUUUGUUUGUCGCCACCAAACAUGAUUCCGGCCAUUUCCAUAUUCACGAGACAAUCCAUUUACUCUUUCAACUCACCGUCGCACUACCAAAGAGUAUCUCGCUCGUUACUAAUAAAGAAAAGCCGGCGGGGAUCUCGUACGUUCCUGCUCGGUGUUUAUAACUUUGUGGUUCAGCUAGUCGGGAUUGCCGAGUGGUCUAUAUGGGCUUCCAGGUCACGAAAAGCCGAUGGUUAUUUAACAGUCUGGGUGUAAAACCACUUUGCGGUUUUACAA